GCUGCCCCAGCAACCUCUGUCAAUGUUGAGUGCAACUUCUCAAGCAGGCAACAGACCAUCAUUUUCAUGCAACACAAUAUGAGCCUGCAGACCUUCCGUGCUGAGAUGGUGAUCAGUUCGUGGCAAGAUGCCCCUUUUUCAAGCUCUCACAUGCCAUAUCCUUGA